AUGUUAUUGUCAGUUUCAAAUGACACUGACCAGAUUCCACAGGAUGAGAACUCGUUCCAGUGGAAUGCCUUUCACGCCUUCUUAUUGCUUCUUAUUAUCCUCGUAGUCUUUGGAAACACAAUGGUCAUAUUCGCCGUCGCCGUUGACAGAAAACUACGGUCCGUUACAACUAACAAGUUCAUCGCAUCAUUAGCAGUAUCUGAUCUUGUCGGACUGAUUGUCAUGCCACUGUCUCUCUACUAUAAAAUGCAUAACGAUCAUUGGACAUUAGGAUACACCUGGUGUCAGUUUCACCUGGUUUCAGGAGUCUUUUCAACAACUGCGAGCAUUGUUCAUCUGGUUGCUAUCAGUUUGGAUCGUUACUUUGCAAUCAUGUUUCCAACGGAAUACCAGAGACAUUCAGUUUCCACGUCUACAGUUCCCUACGUUGUGAUGAUUUGGCUGAUGGCUCUGGCUGUUAGCUCUACACUUUUCAUGGAACAGAGGGAUUCUUUCGAUGGGAUAUGUUGGAUCAGCAAUCCUCAGUAUAUCGUCCUCUCUUCAUUCUUAUCAUUUUUCCUUCCUGGAGCCAUCGUUGUCUACUUAUACAUGAAAAUAUUCAAGAAGCUACGUAACCAUCAGCUCUACAUGUUUGGCCAACUGACGCAUCGUGGUGGAGAACGAGAACGACGACAUUCGUUGCCACGUGUCAUCAUUGAGGAAGUUCGAUCACGACGAGGUUCAAGAAUGUCGCAAACCGGAUCACAGUCUGGAAGUCCCACGAGACGACAAAGUGGCGGAAGCAAGGAGCGAUCUCCGAGCCAGCCGGACAUCCAUAUUGUGGCGAAGCCUCAGCAGAGAUGGAGAUCACCAACAAUCUGUGCAGAAACGUUGGCUCAUGAUAGGUUAUUGGCAGCAAAGAAACGAGUUUCAAUUGUACCAGAUCCACCAUCGAUGGAUGUUUCUGUGAAUAUGGCAUCAAUGGAUCAGAUGAAAGAUGAACAUCAUCACAAUCUGAUGCGAGAAGAAGAGCUAUUAGGGUUUGAAUCUGGAAGAAGAAAACAGAGUGAGGAAGAAGUGAGAAAAUUAAGUGAUGAGAGAAAGAGAGUAAUCUAUGAGAGGCGACGGUCCAGCACAUCCGAGAAUCCAAAUGGUGUACCAAUCAUGCAGGCGUUUCAGAAGGCUUAUCAGGAAGUCAGAGCAGGAAGACGACGGUCGACUAUUCAUGAUAUUACAGCCUACCACUUCCCAUCUCUCACCACAGUCAAUGAGCCAACAACACCGCCGACUGGAGAAGAAUCAGAAGAAAGAGAAAAGGAAUCCGAUGCUCCGACGAUUAUGCAUAAGUUAUCCAGUGGUUCUAGUAUUGCUGAAACCGUGAUUGCAAUGCUUCCAAAGACAUCCACAUCUCUAUCGAAAACUGAUUCUCAUGAAGAUUCAGUUUCCACGGAAGCCAGUCAGAAACCUCUACUUGGUCCUCCAACCCAUCACUACACCAAAAAAUCUCAACAACACAAAGAACCAAGAUACUCACCAUCCAUUCCUGCCCCAACAUUCCUGAUGGUUCCUGCAAUGAUGUCCGUGAAUACUCCUCCAGCCACACCAAAUACCAAAGAAGCUCCAACAAACUGCACGUCUCUUCUGCAAGUUCCACGACUUUUUGAUUGUCCAUCGCCAUGCAGUGUUCCCAGUAACAGCAGUCAUUCAUCCUACACGUCUGCAAGUGGAUCUAGUGACACUUACCGAAGAAUAUCAAUGAACAGCUACGGAAGUAGCCUCACUGAUGGAACAGAGUCUACUUUUGAGUGUGAUUCUAGAAGAUCAUCGGCUUGGUCAACUAUUCGAGCUGCUGUUUUUGAUCGGCAGCAAGUUAGGGGCGGAAAAGCGAGUGUGGAUAUUACUGUGGAUCGGACUGGGUCUCCACAGAAAAAGAUGUCCACUAUUAGCCGAGGAAAAUUGAGAAGAAUCGCUACUCAAGUGACAAGAGCAAUAAGAAGAAAGAGAAGAGAAUCGAUGGCAAUCAGAAGAGAGUCGAGGGCUACUAGAGUUGUAGCAGCAAUUCUUAUUGCAUUUCUCAUCUGCUGGAUUCCAUACUUCUGUAUUUCUAUCUUCCGUGGAGUUCUGAUGGGUUUCCACAUGAAUAUCAACACUCCACUUCAUCUCACAUUGUUUGUCUAUACCUCGUGGCUAGGAUACGCUCACUCAUGCUUCAAUCCAUUGAUUUACAUGUGUCUGAACAAAAACUUCCGUAACACUAUGCGAAAAAUGAUGCAGAAAACGAAAGCAGCUGAG